AUGAGAGGAGCUGAUGCAAGCAGUGAUCAUGAACUGAUAAGGAGUAAGAUCAGAAUAAAACUGAAGAAACAAAAGCAAAAUUCAGAUACAUGUAGAAAGAAGUAUGGUGUCACAAAACUACAACAGCUAGAGAAAAGGAGAGCAUUCACUUUGGAGCUAAAAAAUAGAUUCCAAGUGCUAGAAGAAUUGGAAAGUGUUGAAGACAUCUGGGAAAAUAUGAUAAAGGGUUACAAUGAGACAGCAGACAGCAUACUUGGAGUAAAAGAAAAGGGACAAAAACCUUGGAUAAGCAGAGACUCUUGGAAGGUAGUAGAAGAAAGGAAGCAGCUAAAACUCCAACUUGUUAACAGCAGAUCAGAAAGGUUAAAAAGAAACUUAAGAAACAAAUAUUCAGUUAAAGACAGAGAGGUAAAACGCAGCAUGAGGAAUUACAGGAGAAAGUGGACAGAAGAUUUGAUUACGGAAGCAGAAAGAGCAGCAAGCAAUGGGCACAUGAAAACAGUGUAUGAGAUAACUAGAGUAAUAAGUAAUGAGAAGAAAAGCACAACAACAGCAAUAAAGGACAAAGAGGGCAAGACCCUGAGCAGCCAAGAUGAAAGAAAGGAAAGGUGGAAGGAGCACUUUCAAGAAAUAUUAAACCGCCCACAACCAGAACACCCAUUAGAAGUUGAAAGUGAAGGACAAGUAGUAGAUGAGAUGGAUACAAGCCCCAUUCGGAAAGAGGAAAUCAUCAAGGCUAUAAAGAAACUAAAAAAUGGAAAAGCUGGAGGAGUAGAUGGAAUAACAGCUGAGAUAGGUAUAACACUUUUAUCUGUGCCAAGCAAAGUAUUCUCCAGAAUAGUGAUACAAAGAAUCCAAGAUGGAGUGGAAAAGCAGCUGCGUGAGGAACAAGCUGGCUUUAGAAGAGGAAGGAGUACAACAGAACAACUAUUUACACUCCGUAACAUCAUAGAACAAUGUACCGAAUGGAUUUCAACAUUGUUUGUAAACUACGUUGAUUUUGAAAAGGCAUUUGAUUCCAUUCAUAGAGAGAGCCUUUGGUCUAUCAUGAAGUUUUAUGGCAUCCCAGACAAACUAGUCAGAAUGGUGAAACUCCUAUACGAUUCAUUCCAAUGUGCAGUCCUAGAAGAUGGAGAAGAAUCUGACUGGUUCCGGGUAACAACAGGAGUGAAGCAGGGUUGCACAAUGUCUGGAUUCCUGUUUUUGUUGGUUAUAGAUUUUGUAAUGAGAAGAACUACAGAAACGGAACCAACAGGAAUAAGGUGGGAUUUCACAACAAAACUUGAAGAUCUAGACUUCGCAGAUGAUCUUGCUCUACUAUCCUCAAAAUUUCGGGACAUCCAACAAAAGACACAAAAACUCAACGAAACUGGUAGUCAAGCUGGACUCAGAAUAAACAUUGAGAAACCAAAGUGA